CCAUUCCACUCACACGCUGAGUUUACUACCUUGAUUGUACUUAUUGCCUUCAAUAAAUAGACUCGGUCUUUCCAAGGUUUUCUUUCCUCGAUCGCUCUUUCCCUGACAUCUUUUCAUCUAUUUAUUUAUUUCUCUUCUUUUCUCUUUUUCUUUACCCCUUUGCGAAAGUCGAUCAAGCAGCAAGUAGCUUGAUUCACGACCGGAAGCUUCUGUCCCCUGGCCAGGGACUUUAAAGGAAUCAUACACAAUGCCUGAAUCCACAAUUCCGGCAGCUGCGGGUGCCCAGGCUUUUAGCUCACAUAGGCCGAUUGCGCCUGGUAGGCCGAGCGCUGAUUCUGCAAUUGAGUCUGAUGUAUAUCCUUAUGGGCUUGCAACCAGCAGUGGCAGCUAUUCGAGAGUAGAAGAUAGCUAUCCGAGGCCAAGAUCAGCCUCCUUCUCCGCGCGGUUCAGACAGGCAGGCGGGGUCAAUAGCAUUGACAACUUUGCUCGCUCGUGGCAGCGAGCUGCAUAUUUUCCAGAAGUCUUACCUCGACGAUCGUCGUUUGUGAUAGACUCUGACGAAGAAUGGGCUGGGAAUACAAACGACAUUUUCAGGCCACAAGAUUACGCGGGACAUGAUGCCGACAUUACACGUCCCUUAUUGGGUGCUGAUGGAGAAAAUGAAGACAAUGCCUUGGCCGGCCAGCUGGAUCUGAGAAAAAGGACAUCGAAUGCAGACAUUUUUGAACCAUCACUGGGGGGUUCGUACGGAACGAUUUCUUCCCGCGUUAGUGCAUCGGCACGGAAGCAUGCGAUCCAAUUGCACAGAGAGCAACAAAGUCAUGGUGAUACAUCUGUGGGCUACGAAAGGGAACCGGUCCUUGUAAAGCAGGUGCAUCAUGAAGACGGUACGAGAGAGUGCAUCGUUGUCGGCCAAUCUACGGUUCCACAGACAAUCUUCAAUUCCGUCAACGUUUUAAUCGGUGUUGGUUUGUUGAGCUUGCCACUCGCUCUGAAGCAUGCUGGCUGGCUUCUUGGCCUGCUAUUUCUGCUAUUUGCUGCAGUGGCCACAAAUUACACGGCAAAGAUCCUUGCAAAGUGUCUUGAUGCUGAUCGGAGUAUAGUCACUUACGCAGAUCUAGCAUACGUUAGCUUCGGUCACCACGCACGCUUAGCGACAAGUCUCUUGUUCUGCUUGGAACUAGUUGGGGCUUGUGUUGCACUGGUUGUGCUUUUUGCGGACAGUUUGCAAGCUCUCAUCCCGGGCUUGAGCCUUCUUCAGUGGAAAAUAGUAUGCGGACUUUUGCUUGUUCCCCUCAACUUUUUACCAUUGCGACUUCUUAGCGUGACAAGUAUACUCGGCAUACUUUCUUGUACCUCUAUCGUCAUCAUCACUUGUAUUGACGGGCUUACGAAACCAACCGCCCCGGGAUCUCUCCUUCAGCCAGCCAGGACGUAUUUAUUGCCUGACAAUUGGGCUUCUCUUCCUCUUAGCUUUGGGCUGAUAAUGUCACCAUGGGGUGGCCACGGCGUAUUCCCUAAUAUAUACCGCGAUAUGCGGCAUCCACAGAAGUACGGCAAGAGUCUGUGGGUCACUUAUGUUUUUACGUAUUCUCUUGACUGCACGAUGGCCAUAGUGGGCUGGAUCAUGUUUGGAGACGAUGUUCGAGAUGAAGUCACUGCCAACAUCCUACGUACAGAGGAAUAUUCGCAGGUAUUGUCUAUCUGCAUGAUCAUGUUCAUCGCCAUCAUUCCAAUCACUAAAGUACCAUUGAACUGCCGGCCGCUCGUGGCCACAGUCGAAGUCCUCUGUGGACUUGGGUCACACCCUGAACUUCAGACAGAUCCCAAGAGCACAAAAGCCAUGGUUCAGAAUCUUUCAAGAACCUUAAUACGCAUCCUUGUCGUGGUCAGCAUUGUUAUCAUGGCAGUGCUAUUCCCUUCGUUUGACCGAAUUAUGGCGCUGAUGGGAUCAGCUUUAUGUUUCACGAUCUGCAUCAUAUUGCCGGUUGCCUUCCACCUGAAAAUUUUUGGCAACGAGAUAAGUCCAAGAGAACGGAUACUGGACUGGUGCCUUUUGAUAACUUCCUCGAUAUUGGCUUUGAUUGGGACUGCAUGGUCCAUUCUGCCGCAGGAUGCUAUCUCAGCACUAUGAAUGUGCGGAUAACAACGCUUUCUU